UCACAAUAGUCUAUGUGCACUUGUCUUCCGUUAUGUUGGCACUUUUCUGUUGCUCUCUUUUUUCUUCAUUUCUUUACCUAAAUGCAGAAAGACCUACGUCAUGUAGAGACGGGUGGAUCCACGGUGGCGGUUCCUGUUACCUGAUUCGGUCGAUGACACAGCAAUGGGCAGGUGCCCAGUCAGUUUGUGAUUUCUUGGGAGCUAAACUUUUGAUCAUCGAAUCAUCAACAGAAAAUGAAUUUAUUAAAAAUCAGCUCUCAGCACUUACCAUUAAUCAUUCUGGUUCCAAUGACCUCUCAGCAAAAUACUGGACAGCUGGAACAGACUUUCAGAACCCUGGGAAGUGGCUUUGGGGUAAAGACCACACCAUGGGGUUCAGUAACUGGGCCGGGGGACAGCCCAUUACUCACCACUGUCUGGCGCUUGAUCCCCAAAACCAAUAUACAUGGGUAGCAACCGACUGCGAAAGAAGCAACAACUUUAUCUGUGAAAUACAGCUAGCAUCGGGCCAAGAUUCGACAUUUGGGUGACACGUUGUUCUACAUGCCAAAAUAAGAUGUUCAGAUUCCAAUCAAUAGAUGAAUGUAUAAGUGUGUGA